AUGGCCGCCCUAUCCAACCCCCUUGCUACCCCCGAGCAGCUCGCCUCCUCCGGCUCGCGCCUGGACGGCAUCCCGUCCGACCUCGACGACUCGAUUCGCUUCGCCGCCGCCCGCCUGACCCAACUGGCCGGCGUCCUGCUCCGCCUUCCGCAGGACAUCAUCGCCCAGGCCAUCGUUCUCUUCACCAGAUUUUGGGUCGGCGCCGAGGGCGGCAGUCUCGCCGAUUGUGCGGCAAAAGAUGUCUCCGCUGCAGCGCUAUACCUCGCCGCCAAGCUGUCAGCCUACCCCCGCCCCCCGCGUAGCGUUCUCAACGUUUACGCCUACCUCGACGCCUUCCCGGCCACGUUGGCCGACGCGGCGCAGUACAGCACCAAGCUCGAUCCAACGACGUACUACCUCAGCGAAGGCGACUACCAUGCGCUACGCAGCCUCCUAAUGCGGAACGAGGCACGCCUGCUGCGCACGCUCGGCUUCCAGACGCACGUCGCGCUGCCGCACGCCCUGUGCGUCAGCUAUCUGCAAGCGCUGGGCGCGGUGCCAGGCGGCACGGCCGGGCAGGCCCUCGCCGCGCGUGCCCUCGCCCACCUCAACGCCGCCUUACUGAGUCCCCAGCUGUUGUAUCUUACACACCAGCCACCCGCCCUUGCUACCGCUGCUAUCUACCUCGCCGCCAGGGAGGUCGGCGUAAAGCUGCCUGCUGACGAGUGGUGGGAAGUCUUCGACACGGACCGCGAGGAGCUUGGAUUCCUUGUCGUCGCCUUCAUGAGCUUGCCUGAUUUCGCGCGAGAGGAGAAGGCCAAGUGGGGGGCUGGCAAGGUCCCCUUGACGCUCCCUGAGGUCGAGGCCGAACUUGAGAAGCGGCGCAUCCUUGCGCGCGAAGAGUGAUAGGAUCGCCCGCUCCACUUCCCUAUUUGGGUACAUAAUACCCGACGUGCCGACUUACGGUCACCCCUGCGUCACCAGCUGCAAACAUGUUUCGAAGCUUGACGAUUCUAAAAGGCUUGAUCGUCGGUUCUCCUGUUAAAAGCUGCCCCGGCACAUCGGCAGGCUCGACAAUGCACAAGGC